AUGCACAGUAUUAAGAAAGCAAUAUGUUCAAAACUGCCUCGUAUAAUACCAAUAAGACUCUACUCGGGUCCAAAACCAGCUGCGACCGUUGCAAAGAAACCCUCGGAUCCAAGAAAGGUGUUCAAAAUUUACAGGUUUGGAGGAAUCCUUAGUAAUGAGAAACCGGCAUUAAAAAGUUACGAUCUAGACGUGAAUACAUGCGGACGGAUGGUUUUAGACGCUCUCAUUAAAAUUAAAGAUAUGGAUCCCACACUUGUAUUUCGAAGAUCCUGUCGUGAGGGUAUCUGUGGGUCAUGUGCUAUUAAUCUUCAAGGUCAAAAUUGUCUCGCUUGUAUAACCGCAAUUCCUUCUGACAAGGUCGUAACAAUACAUCCCAUUCCUCAUAUGUAUGUGAUCAGGGAUCUGGUCGUAGACAUGACACAUUUCUUUGAUGUUUACAAUAGCCUACGUCCAUAUUUGGUUCGAAACAAUUCUGGGGCUCUCGGAAAAUAUCAGUAUGCACAAAGUGAGAAGGAUAACUCCAAAUUAGUUGGUUUGUAUGAGUGUGUUCUCUGCUCUUGUUGUGCUACAGCUUGUCCCAGUUAUUGGUGGAAUGGUCGACGUUUCAUGGGACCAGCGUCUUUGCUCCACGCAUACAGAUGGGUUAUAGAUUCUCGAGAUGACGACACCGAACAAAGAUUAUUUGAACUCCGAGAUGACUUUAAAGCUUUUCGAUGUCACACUAUAUAUAAUUGUACUCUGGCGUGUCCUAAAGGAUUACACCCAGCUCUUGCUAUUGCAAAACUAAAAAGGUUAAUUUCAGGAUUGGAUAAGAAACCACUACCUGAAAUGGAUCCUAUGAAAUUUGCUUCGGGAUCGCUGUCCGGUUGUAAAUGA